AUGGCAGAAGGUUCAGCUGUUCCCACUGCCAGCAAGGGCUCAUGGGGUUCUUUCCUCAAGUCGAUAGCCUCUUUCAAUGGCGACCUAUCGUCCCUUACCGCCCCCGCCUUCAUCCUGUCGACUACUUCGCUCACUGAGUUCUCGGCGUACUGGUCCGAGAUGCCGUCCGUCAUGGUCGCUCCCGCCUCGGAGAAGGACAAGCAGAAGCGCUGCAUGCUCGUCCUCAAGUGGUUCUUGAGCACUCUCAAGCAACAAUACACUUCGCGUAACGAGAAGCUCGGUAGUGAGAAGAAGCCCCUCAACCCUUUCCUGGGUGAGCUGUUCAUGGGCAAGUGGGUCGACCAAGCCGGUACCACUGAGCUCAUCAGUGAGCAGGUCAGCCACCACCCCCCAGUCACCGCAUACAGCAUCUGGAACAAGCAGCAUGGUGUCCGUCUCCAGGGAUACAACGCUCAGAAGGCCUCAUUCGGUAGAACUAUCAACGUCAAGCAGAUCGGUCACGCCGUCCUCCACAUCGACGAAUACGACGAGGACUACCUCAUUACCCUCCCUGCCCUGCACAUCGAGGGUCUUAUCACCGGUUCGCCUUACGUCGAGCUCGAGCGCAGCACCCACAUCGUCUCAUCCACUGGCUACACUUGCAAGGUCGACUACAGCGGUAAGGGUUGGGUCAGCGGCAAGAAGAACUCCUUCACCGCCACCAUGUACCCCAACGGUCGCGAAAAGGACGUCAUCUACACUGCCGAGGGCCAGUGGAGCGACAACUUUGUCAUCAAGGAUUCCCAUAAGAAGGUUGUCGAUUCGUACGACGCCAAGAAGAUGACCAAAACCCCUCUUCAGGUCGCACCCAUCGAACAGCAGGAUCCUCUCGAGUCGCGUCGCGCCUGGAGCAAGGUCGCCGAGGCCAUCAACCGUGGUGAUAUGGACACCACUUCGGCCGAGAAGUCGCUCAUCGAGAACCAGCAGCGCGAAUUGCGCAAGAGAGAAAAGGAGCAGGGUUCCGAAUGGCAACGUAGAUUCUUCAAGCGUGUGCCUAACAGCCCACACUUUGACGCCAUGGCCCACCAAGUCCCCGGCGGCAGUCUCGAGGCCGACAAGACGAACGGAGUCUGGAUGUUCGACCCCGCUAUGGCCAAGGCAGCCAACCCUUCCUACGACCUGUAA